AUGAACGGCAUGAAUGGCAUGAACGGCCCCAACAUGGGGGGUGGCGUGCCCAUGCCCACGCCCGCAGGCCACCAGGCCGAGCUCAAUUACAUAUACAGCAUGGUGGAGGAACUCAGCAGGCAACUGGCCGAGAACAGAAGAGUCACAGAAGAUAUUGUCGGCGGUCUGGGACGCGUGCGCAACCGCGCGCGGACGCAAGGGCUCAACAACGACGAAGUCAUUGACGCAGCGGCCGAGGAAAUCAAACGUCAAGACCAAAACAUGGAUGCGCUCCUGUCCAUCCUCUCCGAGUCGCUCGAAAAGGCCAAACACUCACGCGACGCCAACGCGGCGCUUCUGACUCAGUUCGCCAACGCGCUGGCCGGCAUGCUUAAGCAGUUCCACGAGUACAAGGCGCGGCACGUGGCGGACAUGGCGUCGUGGCACCGGUCGUACCGGGCGCAGCUCGACGAGGCGCGGCGCGAGAACAGCCGGCUGCGCGAGCAGAUGGCGGCGAUGCAGGCGCACGCGUCGACAGCCAACGAGACGCUGCGGCGCUUCCGGCGCGCCUACGACGACGAGGGCAACCCGGCGCGCCGCGAGGCCCGCGUACGCGAGAUCGCGCUCCGCCAGGAGGUCCGCUUCUGGAAGCGCCUCGCCAUGCCGGCGCUCGACGACGACGACCCCUACUGGAGCGCCGACGACGACGUGGUGGACGUCGCGGAAAAGGAGCGCCUGGUGCAGCUGCAACGGCACGCGGCGCAGGAGCAGCACCUGGCGAUGCGGCGCGGCGUCGACGGCGUCGGCGAGGAGGAGGAGGUGGACGACGACGGGCUGCCGCCGCCGAUCAUGAUGCACGCGCCGCCCCCGCCGCAGUUCAUGGCGUCGGGCUCGGGCGCCAUGGGGGGCAUCGCGAUGCAGAGAGCGGGCGGCGGCGGCGAUGAGGCGGGCGUGCCGGUGCCGCCGCCGAGGCCCCUAAGCGCCGCGUCCAGUACAGGAUCGACGGGCUCGUAG